AUGGCUUCCUAUCAUCGAGUUCUAGAGACCUUUGGCAGAUCCAUCCAUGACAGCAUUUUGGAAUGCGACUGUGAUAUUCACCCAUGGGAGCUCUCUAUUAAUGGCGAACAACGGGCUGGUAAAAUCCGACUGAUCGGUUUCGUGGACGUGUUUUUCCUCAUCUCAUACUCUGCCAACGCCCGUUUCGAGCAUGGUAUCACCGUUUAUAAGGACAAGUUGGCCCUCGAGGAAUUAACCGGAAUCACGGCCCAUCCGAGCCCGGGAACACCUGUGGGCAAUACCAAUGCCGCGGACCACCAAGAGCCCGAAGAGAACAUUGGAGACCUUGAAGAAGCCGGGGACCAGGCAAACCAGGAAGACGACGCGGAACAGGGCCAGGAAGAGUGCUCUCAAGCAACUGAAAGGCAAGACGGUCAAGCCGGGCAGGCCAAGGACAGCGGCGACCGAGCCGAAGUGAUGGGGGCGCCCAAGUUCCGCAAAACAAGCACCUUCUCAAUAAAGAGCUUGGGUCAUCCUGUCGGACUGCGUGCUUCGUAUCCCAGGUCAUGGAUCCGUAGCUACAAGGUGGAGAUCACAAAGCCUGCCAGUUGGGGGUUGACCAAACGUAUCAUGCGGGGCCUGAAGCCACACAGUACUUAUGAUUUGAUGGGCGACGUGAUUCGCUGCGGAAUCAUCACACAGGGACAGCUGGCGGGCCACCUCAUGGGUAUUCUCCUCGCGGGCAGCCGUCUUGACGACACGACCAGAAAAUACCAUGAGGCAAUGACGGCAGGCGAUGGUGCCGGUCGGCAGGCAUUGUCGAAUGAGAAGAUCUAA